CACCGAUUCGCCACUAGGGGAGCCAAUGUAUCAUCGAACGAAGGGGAGAAUCCCUAGAGCCAAGUCACAAAUUUAGGUCAUAAGAUAAACAAAAUUUGUACUAAAGCCAAUACAGUCUCUCUCAGUGAAUGUCGUUUCUCAUCCUCGAUUUUACUGACUGUUUUCAUUGUUCUCUCUCUCGCCCCUUCAGUCUGUCUCUCUCGUUUUGAUUAUACUAUUUCGUUGUGAGGCACUUGCUCACUCCGUCACAACAUUGCUCGGUUUCACUUGGACUAAGCUAGGUUUCACAUCUCCACCGAGAAAGAGCACCAUACACAUUUGAAUGUGUAUGAAUAAAUCGUACUACAAGGCAUCACUCCCUUGAGGUUUCCAUCUGAUGGAGCAGUUGUUGUCACUGUUUGCAAAGAGGCACCAUGUUCCCUUGUCACGUAACUGCCUGGCCUGCCUCUGAGCCCGUUGCUGCUUGCGGCGGUCAUGCACCAGCACCGCAACCUUCACAACCGCUCCCCGAUUUGCUGUGCAGCUGUUCUGCAGCACCGUUGAGCGCCCACUCUGAAACGCCGUCCCCAGAUCCCAUGGAGUCCCUUAUUGUGGUGACAGAAUGUGAACCAAGCAGACCAUCUGGAGCGCCCGACGGGGAGGAGGAGGUAGAAGAAAUGGACAGCUCUGAAACACCGACACCACCCUUCCCCACUCUGUCCUGUGACCUCCUCUCUCACACAGUCGGUCGCUCAGAGGCUCUGCUGCCAGCCGGUGAGGAGCAAAGAGCCCGGCUGAACCUGUCUGACAGGAAACUGUCACUGCAAGAACGCUCGCAAACGCAGACAUCCCCCUGCACCUCCCCGGGACUCAAUGGUCGCUACAUUUAUCCGUCGUUACCCUACUCCCCCAUCACAUCGCCCCACUCCUCUCCACGCUUGUCUCGCAGGCCCACUGUGGAAUCCCACAGUGUCUCAAUCACAGACCUCCAGGACUGCGUUCAACUCAACCAGUACAAGUUGAAAGAUGAGAUUGGAAAGGGCUCCUACGGUGUUGUCAAGCUGGCUUACAACGAAGACGACAACACCUACUAUGCCAUGAAGGUUCUGUCCAAGAAAAGGCUGAUGAGGCAAGCAGGUUUCCCACGACGACCACCCCCUCGGGGGGCCAAAGCAUUCCCCGAGGGGACCCCGCAGCCCAAAGGGCCCCUGGAGCGGGUUUACCAAGAGAUUGCCAUCUUGAAAAAGCUGGACCAUUCUAAUGUGGUCAAACUUGUAGAGGUUUUGGAUGACCCCAGUGAGGACCAUCUGUACAUGGUGUUUGAGCUGGUCAAGCAAGGUGCUGUGAUGGAGGUGCCAACAGAUAAACCUUUCAGCGAGGACCAGGCUCGCUUUUAUUUCCAGGAUCUGCUCAGGGGAAUCGAGUAUUUGCAUUACCAGAGGAUCAUCCACAGAGACGUCAAGCCCUCUAACCUGUUAGUGGGAGAGGAUGGACACAUCAAGAUCGCUGACUUCGGUGUCAGCAACCAGUUCGAGGGGACCGACGCCCUCCUGACAAGCACUGUAGGAACACCCGCAUUCCUCGCCCCCGAAACGCUAUCUGAUACUAGGAAGAACUUCUCAGGCAAGGCUUUGGAUGUUUGGGCAAUGGGUGUGACACUUCAUUGUUUUGUCUUUGGAGUGUGUCCAUUUAUGGAUGAGCGCAUCCUCAGCCUCCAUCAAAAAAUCAAGACGCAACCAGUGGAAUUACCCGAAAAUGCUGACAUAUCAGAUGACCUCAAAGAUUUGUUGUUGAAAAUGCUAGACAAGAAUCCAGAAACAAGAAUAUCAAUUCCACAAAUUAAGGUGCACCCAUGGGUGACGAGACAUGGUGCAGAGCCCCUCCCACCAGAAGAUGACAAUUGUUGUAUGCUGAUAGAAGUGACGGAGGAGGAAGUGGAGAAUUCGGUGAAACACAUUCCGAGCCUGGCAACAGUGAUUCUGGUGAGAACCAUGUUGAGAAAGCGCUCCUUCGGGAACCCCUUCGACUGGGCACGUAAAGAGGGAUGCAGCAGCUUGUGCACGUCAGGACAGAUGAAACAGCAGCCUGAAGACAGCAUGAGGAGCAUUGAGCAGCCUUAUGUUGGAGAAAACGAAGCUCUUUCCUAAUGCAGUAGGUUUUUCGAAGUUCUUCCCAGCGUCCCUUUAGCUGUCAAUUUUCUACUUUAGCCUGGACACGGUGAGGAGGAAACCAUGAGACGUUUAAGUCGAGACUCUUGGAACGGUCUUUCUUCUCUCUGCAUGCGUCGUUUCGCGUUGGCAUGCUCUGCCUCAGGCUGUUGUGUUUCCCCUCCAACCCCAUGAUUCAUUCUUUCAGAUAGGGUGGGAGAGUGGCAGGAGUUUAGUGGUGAUGAGUGCACAAACUUUUCAGGAAGUCAGGGAAAAAUUCUCAGUCUUCAUCACCACUUUUAGUCAAAUCAAAUUUAUAAAAAAAAUAUAUAUAUCUGCCUCACUCUUGCAUACGGUAUGAGUGGCAGUGUCUAAUGUAACAUAUUUUAUUGAUGAAAUCGGGUGUAAAGGGAGUGAUGAAUUGUUUACUACUGCAUGUGUUCCUUGAACAUUUAUGAGGAAUUUCACCUACUUCUGACCUACGAUUUACUAAAAAUAGAAAGCUUUAAGAUCACUUGGUGUAGUGCUUUGUGAAGAGACUCUUCAUUUUCAUCACUUCAAGCAAAAUACUAGAGGAACUGUUUUGCAAGGUAUAUUGUGAAUCUUUUCAUAUGACUUUAGGAUGUCCUGAAAGUCACCAUACAUGUUUUUUUCCCUUGUAUUUAUCAUUGAGACCCUAGACUAACAGUCUUGAAGCUAAAUUGCCAUCUGGCAAAACGUUUUUCACUCAUGGAUUGCAGUUCAGCUCCACUUUGGAAAUUUUUUUCUAACAGCAACAUUUGCCCAAUGUGUACAAUUUACACUAUUAUUGACCAGUUUGUUGAAAUGAAAACACCAAACUCCUAGAGCAGGCGUACUGACUUUAGGUAGGGAUUGGUUCACAGCAUUCAAGUAAAGAUGAUGAUGCUUAAUAACCUGAAAUCGGUAAGGGUUACUUUACUUCUUGAUAGUGCACUGAAUGCUCAUUGUAACCCAUUGGCUGCCAUUGACAGUGCUAGACGUCUGAUCCAUUUUGACUGGGGGAGGCUUUCAGCGAAUGAUUAAUGGCAUUGAAACAUGAGCAUUCACAGUCAGUCCUCAGAGUUUAAAUGAAUUGCACGUCUAUCAUUGUCAAUGGCAUGAAUUAGCUAAAUACUAUCAAAUAUGUAAAUAUUUUUAAUUACUAUUUUAAUUUUCUGUGAAUAUUUCAUUAAUUUAUCAGAAGAAUGGAUGAUGAAUGAAGGAAUAAAUCGACUGAUUUUUGAACAAUGUAUGUAAUAUAUACCGUAAUUUUCAGACUACAAUGUGCAACUGACUAUAAGCCGCCACCCAUCAAAUUUGACACAAAAACGGCAUUUGUUCAUCAAUAAGCCGCACCGGAUUAUAAGCCUCAGCUGCCUUCACUGUAUAUUUAUGGGAUAUUUACACCAAAAAAUAUUAACCAGUAACACUUUAUUUGACAGCGAUGUCAUAAGACUGUCAUAACCAUUAAUGAAUGCUUAUAACAGAUGUCAUUUAGGCUAGGUUCAUACUGCAAGUCUUAAGCACGAAUCCGAUUUUUUCGUGGUUUUCCCGACUUGAGUGAGGCAUUAACUUGACUGUCUGAAUAGGACAAGUUGCAUAGAAGUGGACAAUUUAAAAUCCGAUCUGGGUCACUUUUGUAUGUGGUUUAAAUCUGAUCUGGGGCACGUUUUUCCAGAAUGUGGUGGCGGUCUGAACUGUAAGGUCUCCCAAAUCAGAAUUCAUGCAGUAAUUACGUCAGCAAAGAGCGAGAGCGGCAUGCAAGACGGCAGCGAUGUAGCUGUUCAUUAGCAUUAGCACCUAGCUUUUACUACGUAGGAGGCGGGCUUGAUCACAGUCAUAAAAAAAUAAAAUGAAGGAAUAGAUAAGCCUGUUAAUACUCGGUUUCUUACUGUGCGCCAAAUGAUCAAUAUUUCAGUAUUGCGUACAUGGCCGAGUCGGGGCAAACUUACACACACAUAAGGCUUAUGUUUGUGCGUCAUGCACGCACAGUGCGUGAUUAUUUGUUUUGACGCUUCCUCGCAUGAGGGUCAGUUUGCCCAGCUCGUGUCAAACUGCGAAUUAGUGCGCAUGCAUAAUACUUGAACGGGCUAAAUUGACAAAGGCAGUCAAUGGGCACGCCAAAAAAACAGAUAUGACAAAAAAUUCUUGAAUUGUGCAUUAAGACCUGCAAUAUGAACCUAGCCUUGGUGUCAUCCAACAAAUUCUCACUUUUAAAUGGAUGUAACAGAUCCAGGCUGGACAUAAAAGGAGUUAGUGACUAAACUUACAAUUAAUGACAUCUGUCAUAAGCAUUCAUUAAUGCCUAUAACAGUGUCACGUUAUAAUUAUGACGACAGUCUAAUGACAGUCUUAUGACACCGCUGGCAAAUAAAGUGUUACCUAUUAACCCAAAUAAAUAAACAAAAAGCCGCUCAUGACUAUAAGCCGCAGGAUUCAAAAUGAGGGAAAAUAAGUAGUGGUUUAUAGUCAGAGAGUUACGGUAUAUACAUAUAUUGACCUAUUUUGACUUUGCAUUAAGGCCUGCACAAGGAGUUACCCGUAAGUACUUUCACUAGUGGCUUUAAGAGCAUAUAGUGUAAAUUUUACAAGGCAUUGGAGCAGCAUUAUGGACAUGAAAACUGGCACUGAAACUGCAGUCGUGGGAGCUUGCCAGGUAGCCAUUUCGUGAAGCUGCUCUCAUGUCAGUUGGCGAGCUACGGGCAAAGAAUUGAUAUGCUUACAAAAAAGUCAAAGAAAAUCUUAAGAUGUUAAAUACUUAUGGCUUCAUGUUUGUCUGAAUGAUACCUGCAACAACAAAAAAGGAAAAAAAGGGAAUACAACCACUUUUUGUGAGGGAUAGGGACAAAACAAAACCGUGUGAGAGAGAGAGAGACACUUUGCUGAUAAAGAGAUAUUGCUGAACUUCAAAUGUGAGUUGGUCAACUGAUUUGAGGGAAACCUCAUAUCUAAUAUCUACUGGUUAUUCCCAUAUUGUUGGUAUUGUUUUAACUUCAACUUCAAUCAUUUGGACUAACAACACUCGCUUCUUGAACCUCAAGUGAAACUCGUGAAUGUUCCUUAUUGUGUUUUUGUAUGUUUAAAAAAAAAAAAAAAAAAAGCACUGAUGCUCCCUUAUGCUUGCACGUUUAAAAAAAAAAAGAAGAAGACACCCCAAAAAAUCUGACUGUGCAUAAUGUUUUUUUUUACUAUUAUUGUUAUUAUUAUUUUAUUUUUAUGUAAAGCAACUUAAAUAACCUUUAAAUACGUUUUGAAAUACAGUAGUGGAUCUAAAGGCUUUUUUGUACAAAUCUAUGCAUGACAUAUCUAAAAGAGAAAAAAAAGAUGUGCCAUGGUGGGGUGGAAUUUCUAACUAAUGUUUAUUAGCUGUGAUUUUUGUAUUUGUGAUUUAUUUCUCAUGUUUUGUUACCCUCUUUUUUGUCUUCACUGCAUUUUAGAAGGCAGAUGAAAUUACCAAAUUUGUCUAAUUAUCAUGUUCCCGUUCACAAUAAUUCCUUCAUCACUAGUGUGUUCUGAAUGUAUAUAACCGAAAAACUUUUAUAUUAAUCUGCAAGUUAGUUUUUUUCUUUUCUUAAAUAUGGGCACUAUGCAUCGGUCUUUUUUUCUACUUUUAGAGAAAUUAGGUUUUUUUGUCAUCCACUCAGUCCCGCUUUAUGAAGGAGUAUUAGGGCCAUAUUGAUAAAAUAUGAGAUAUGAGAAAAGAACAUUUCUGAGUAAGAAAGUGUGAUUUUGUUAGUAUGAAAUGGCUAUUUAAAGAAAUAAUAUAAUGGAAUAAAGUUGCAAACUGUUAACAAAAAACAAUCAUAACAAAAAACAAUCAUAAACAAAAUAACAAUUAUAGCAACAAAAAGGUAAGCACUGUACCAUUAGAGUGUAGUGUUUUAUCAUGAGAAAAGUAUUUCGUUUGUAAAAUAAGUUAUAAUUUAAUCAAAAUGAAGUGCAGUGCUAAUUGUCUGAAGAAAUUUCUUCUUACAAAAAAAAGACAAUUUGAAAUAAUAGAAAUUUAAUGUUGUCAUUUUACAAGAAUUAGGUGGUAAUAUCACAGUCGUAUAUGCGUAUUGGGGUUAAGAAGAUGAGUGUUUUGUUCAUGUAACAAAGUUGCAAUAUUUCAAAUAAAAGUCAGACACUUUCCAGAAUAAAGCCAACAGGACCAAAGUACUUUAAUGAAGUGAGAAAACCUAAUAUCACUCUCUGUAUGGAUAUUGUAUGUAUAUACAAUAUAAUAAUUUUACAUAUUGUUACUGUACAAAUACUUUUAUGUGUAAACGCAUGAUAAAAGUAAGGUAAGUUGCAAUUUUGUUAAAUCAUUUUAUGUGACCCAGCACAGCAAAAUGAGUCCCAGGGACCUUUUUGUUAAAACAGGGAUUUUGGUUUCUUUCUUUCUAAUGAAACAUUUUGCUAUAAAGUUUCAUGUCCAAGAAAUUGCAACUUGAAGUUGGGUGGUCCGUACAUCAUGGAUUUAAAAAAUUAAGAGAAAAUCGGAAAAUUUUGACAACCCCUUCACUUGUCCCUUCGCAAACCAGCAUCGUCCAAAUUUGGUACAAAAAUCCAGAACAUACUGAAGAACAAUUUACUAUACAUUUCAGCCAUGAAUUCAUGAGUUUAAAGUAUUUCUUUUCACUUUUGAGGUUCAUAAUGAAACUUUCUAAUUAAACCUUAUAAACAACAUAAGAUUCUCGAUUGAUUGAUUGAUUGAUUGGUGUAUGUCCAAACCUGAAGCAUUAUUGUCAUUCUCAUUGAUUUUACUAUCACGAGCAUCAUUUUAAAGUUAACCAGAUCAAUCGUCGGUCUCUGAAUUCUCUCCGAUGCUGCCUUCAUGUCUCAUUAUCCUCAGCCUACUGCCAUGCAUUUGCAGUGCCACCCAUAUUGCAGCUGAUCAUUAGACUGUCAGCAUCUUCUGUUUUUUUCCCAAACAGCCAUUCAAUUUUACGCAAUCAUGUUUUUUUUUACCCUGAGAACCGGCGCAAAAGCCACAGAGUGUGUUCCGACAAUUGACUCACUAUCUCACAAUACACUGAGUGUGAAGAUUUACACCAAUCAGAGGCCAGUAUAUUUUGAAGUUGACCAAAAUAGACUAAUCAAAGGCCGGUAUCUUCAGAACAACAAGGUAAUGUGAGAAUCCAUGCACGUUCCCUGCUUAAUUUUAGCUUCAUGUAUUAUAAUGUGUACGAAAUUAGCUAAAAAGACACCGUAAAUUAGGGAUUCACCCCAUAUUUCUGAACAAUUUUCAAGGUUUAUUUAUUAUAUGGUAAUGAAACUAUGAUUCAAUAAAAGAACAUUAAAUGAGGAAAUUCCAUUUUCAACAUCUUAUAUUUCAAAAUCUGUGUGCGAUUUCUGGCUCAUUUUACUAUGCCAGGUCACAAAUAUAAUUCAAAAGAAUGGAGUUGCAAUUUUACAAGAAUACCAUGGCUUUAUAUGUACAGUGGUACCUCUACUUACGACAUUAAUUGGUUCUGGAAGUAGUCUCGUAACCCGAAAAUUUCGUAAAUAAAGAUGACAUGUAAAUACCCUUAUCUGUUCCAAGCACUACUGACACACCUCUUCCGUACAGUUUUUCUCAUCUGCUUUAGUAUGUUUCUCAGAUCAGAAUUGAAAUUCUCAGAACAGUUUGUGCAUUUCUCAAAACACGUCACUCAAGUAGCAAAUCAACAUGGAUUACCUGCAAAAGCCAGUUUUUUCUGCAAAAUUCUUAGUCUUUCACUCAAAAUUAAAUACCUGUGUCAAUGAACAUGUCAGUGCUGUCAGAAUCACAAGUCCUUGUUUCAUUGUGUGCAUACAAGACAGUCGAAUUAUUUUGUCAUGCUCUCAAUAUAACAGUUGUUCUGGUGGAAGGCUCUGAUUGUGAAGAUAGUUUACAUACUGUACGUUUUGAUGAAAAUUGCAAGUUACACCUUUGUGUGUGGGAGAUUGAUUGCAAAGGACUGGACAAGAUUCAGUUUGCACUUUUACUGUUUUUACAAUGUCUUGAACGACCAUGUAAAUGUGAUACAGAGAGCAAAAGACAGCACUGAGUAUCCCAAAGAAAAAAAAAACAUAAAAAGCAAAAUUACAAAUGUGAACGUAAGACAAUCGGCGCAACUAAAGUUCGAGUGUUGGUUGGAAUUUUUUCACCGUUCUUUAUACACAUUUUUACGUUUUCCUCUGUUGGGCCACAAAUUUUCAUCCACAUAACACCGGAUGUCCUCUCUUGCUAUAUAGGGUGGAAAAAAAUCUUCUUGAAUGCCUUAUCCAGCAUCUGCAGGCAUCUGCUGUGAUGUCACUGCAUGCUGCAUUCAUGGCAUCCAGGAGAGUCAUCUGUGAGGUUGGCGAUCACACACUUGCAAUCUCCAUGCUGAGAAAAAAAAAAUCUUUAGGAUUGAGGAAUGGGAAGUAUGGUGGGAGGAACUCCAUUACCAUUCUGUUGUGGGUUGCAAACCAUUCCCUGGUUAUGUUUGAGUGGUGGAAACUCACAUGGCCCAAACUAUUAUCAUGUUUAGGAAUGAGGCCCCUGUAGAGUGUGUCUAAAAAAUUGACAAGACAUUCUGUGGUGUGAGGCCUCAUGAUGGGAAUAUGGGUGAGCAUACCAUUCUCUGCGAUGGCAGUACCCAUAGUUAUGUUCCCUCUCCUUUGGCCUGGCACAUAUAUUGUAGAUCUGUGGCCAAAGACUCACCUGGUAGCAAUUUAUCAAUUCAGACAGAUUUAGAAAAUAAGUAAUGGAAAUGCUUAGAAAUAAGCACACGCAUGUUGACUUAUUCUUACAACAUGUUUAUCCAUUUUGCAUGUAAGGACUUAUGGAAUGAACUAAUAAUGUUGUGGGUAGUCAGACUAUUCAACAUAGACCCAUUAUAAUCUUUUUUGACCAUCAUGACAGAUGCAGUUGAUAAUGUAGGAAAGAGCAGAGAAUUGUACAAAAUCAUUUGCAUGGAUUUACAAAACUUGCUCAAAGAAAUGCGAAGUGAGAAACUGCUUUUUUGAUGUGUACUUGAUGUUGUGAGGAUUGAACAAGUAGUUUUGAGAAUUUCAGGUCUGAGCAGAGAAACGUACUAAAGCAAUUGAGAAAAACUGUAAAAUUUAUAAUUGGUUUAAAGCUGGACUAAAAAAACAGCCAAACAUAUUUGAAUCAUUUCAUGUACCUAACCUAAUCGUUAAUACCUGUAAAGAAGUAGAGAAGUAGAUAAUAGAAAAAAAAUGUAAAGAAAAAAAGACAAAAAUAUAUCUUACCUUUCGAGUGAAGCAAUGUUCUUUCCCACGAGAUUGAUGGUUCCUACCGCCUAUCUCACUCUUCGUGACAAACAAAUGCGAGGAGGCCAGUGCCCUCAUGUGCUAGUAAUGGAAUGAACCGUUUGUGGGCCUAAAAAAACUCUUCAUGAGACAAAAACACGAGGAGCCUUGUGCUCAUUUGGCUCAGACGUUGACCCCCUAUACUAGUAACUUUGGUUUCCAAACCUGUCCUCAAGGGGUACUGUGGGUCCUGGUUUUUGUUCCUACCAAUCGAGCACAAACAGUUUAGGUAAUGAAGUUUGUGCUAAAACAAGCAGCACCUGACUGCAAUCAACUGAUUACACUUGUGAGACACCAGAUUGGUGAAAAGAUGUCGUCUUGUUUUGUAGGAAUGAAAUCCAGCACCCACUGCGGCCCUAUGUGGAAUAGUUUGGACACCACUGCCCUAUAGCAACAAUAACACAGUCGUGCCUGUGAAUGUCAUCAUACUGCAAUAUCCAAAUUGAAACCUGGCCAAUAGGAGAGCAACAUACUGAAGGGGAAGGGAAAGAUUAUGACCAAUAGGGCAGCGGGAUCUUAUGGCGUGACAUUUAAAAGCAGGAAGUGCAUACAUAUCUUUUACACUACAGUGAUCCCUUGCUAUUUAGUGCUUCAAACUUUGUGCCGUCAGUCCAUCGCGGAUUUUUUUUUUUUUUUUUUCAAUUAAUGAAUAAAUACAGAUUUGCUGUCUCGAUCUGAUCACGUAGUCUCUCACUUUCGCUUCUGCUGCUUUUCGUGGUCAGGCAGUGCACUGGAGUUGCUUUUUAAAAUUAACGAUAAUUGACGGACGGUAAGGUUUGAUCUUGCCAGAGAUGUUUUGGAAGCCGAAACUUUAUAAGCGCCCGAUGCGUCAAUCAUCAUUUAACUUGUUAAACAGUUGUUAAACAGCAACUCUGUGUGUAAGUGAGCAGCUUGAGUGGACUCACUCAAUGAAGCAUUUAAUAAAGACAAACAUUUUUUACUUUAUUCUUGUUUAAAAAUAAUUCGGUGGUACAGUAACAUUUUUACAACUUAUAUUUAUCACAUUUGAAUUUCUUAAAAAAACAUUAUAUAUAUAUAUAUGUGUGUGUGUGUAUGUGUGUGUAUAUAUAUAUAUAUAUAUAUAUAUAUAUAUAUACACACAUACUUACUAAUGUGUAUGUAUAUAUAUUUAUAUAAUUUAUUUUUUAAAUUAUACUUUGGGAAAAAGAUUAAAAAACAUUUUAUAUAUAUCUCUUUCCAACGCUAAAUCUGAAUAAAUACAUUGAACACAAAAGAAAAUUCUUGGUGGGGGCGCUACUUUGCGUUUUUUACAUAUUGUGGCAGGUUGUGGUCCCCAUUAACCACAAAAAAAUGUGGGAUCACUGUGUUGUAUAGUAUUUUUGCCUCUCGUAACCUGAAAUUUCUUUCUUAACAAGAGGCAAUAUUUUCCCGUUUAAAUGUGUCGUAAUCUGAAAAUAACGUGUGUAGAAACGUUCAUAAGUAGAGGCACCACUGUAUUUUUAAAUAUGCAAACUCCAUUAAAGCCUCCAAAACAUGGAGAUGAUGACAUUAUGUUCCUUACCAUUUUCUAGUGGCCCUAAUACUCCAAUUGCUAAGAUUGCAACUGGUCACAGCACAAAAAAACCUAAACUGUUGCUGCUGCAAAAUUAUUUGUGCAAUAUUACAAAUAGACUAUACAUUGUUGAUGGUUAUGUCAUAUUAUUGACUGUAAAGUCAAGGUGAAAAUUUGAAUGUUUGGUGCUCAUGAGAAGCAAACAGUAUUUUAGAUGUAUUUUAUAUCUAUACCUUUCAAAGAAAAAACCUGGAUAUAAGGUUCUGACUUAAAUUGCACUUUGUGUACUGUCAAACAAUUAAGUAACUUCAUAAAGAAAAACAAAUAUAUGGUCUUUUUUUCUUCCUAAUGCAUGCAAGCAUUGAACUGUAUUGUCAUAGCAUGCGAUGCCCUUGGCAACAAUAAUGGGACUUUGAAAUGAAAAUGUUCUAUACAUACUGUAUCUUCUUAAAACAUUUGAAUAAAAAUCUGACUCCCUUUAUUUUGGAUGAGUUCUACCAGACUUUGAGGUGAUGCUGUUUAUCCAGACUUUUUGUUGGUAUGUAGAGGCUGUAUUUUCAUGCCUAGUGGAGCGCAAGACUGACCUGCUGUUGCAUUUCGGUUCUAGUGUGUUGGCAGACACGCACAGACAGACGCAGUACUGUGAGUGUGAACCAUGCCGACUACAUAUGCUGCUAAUAACUGCGGACACUGUCAUUCCCUUUAAAGGCGGUGUACUCGCAUCUUGCAUGAAUGUUCCUUGCGCAAAAUUUUUUUAAAGUGUUAAUGUAGUUGGGACUACGAUACAGCUGGAACUGUACUGCAUUUUCUGUCUAUCAGAAAUAUAACUCGACAGGCCUCAAAUUGUAGCCAGCCAUUUGUAGAGGAUGACAGAACCCUUGUGAGCCAGAAGAAUGGGCUGCUUAAAACCUGGAUUCAACCUUUUCAUUUUUGUCCUAGCCCAGAGAAAGCCAAGCAGCUGUAAGUUUGGAAAAGAAAAAAAUCUUAGGAAAACAAAGGCCUCUGAAAUCACAUUCUGCUUUUGAAUUGUAGUCAAUUUACCAAAUUGCUGCCAUUUUUAUUUAUUGGAAAGAGUUUGCAAACUAUUAGAAGAAUUUAAGUUAAUUGAACUUUUUAUCAGGUAAGAAGGUCCAAAGUUUAGUCAAUAUUUUUCCUUGUCUGCUGAUGAUUAAAUUAUUGGCUUCGUGGCACACUAACAUACUUGUGGGAACAACAAUAAUAGUGUUUUCAUUAGAGUUAUCCAAUAUUAUCGGCCGGUAAAAGCAUUUUAAAAUGAUAUCGAAUAAUAUCGAUAUCGGUUUUUCAUUAUUGGUUUUGAGCCAAUAUGCAUGUUGCCUUUAAAGUGUAUGUAGAAGCCUUCUGCUUUUGUAUAAGGGUUGGUCACUGUGUAGCAUAGCAGUUAUGUCUUUUGACUAUUAGAUGUCGACAAACAAAGAUGCAUUGGAUUUUUUAUGUGAGCAUUAUCAUUAUUAAAGCAUCCACUGCUGCAUCACAAUACUAUUAGCCAUAAUAUGUUCAAUAGCGGCGGCAUGGUGGCUGAGUGGUUAGCACAUCCGCCUCACAGUUCUGAGAUCAAGGGUUCAAUCCCGGGCUUUGGCCUUCCUGUGUGGAGUUUGCAUGUUCUCCCCGUGCCUGCGUUUCCUCCGGGAACUCCGGUUUCCUCCCACAUCCCAAAAACAUGCAUGGUAGGCUGAUUGAACACUCUAAAUUGUCCGUAGGUAUGAGUGUGUGCGUGAAUGGUUGUAUGUCUCCUUGUGCCCUGCGAUUGGCUG